UAAUACAAUGGCUGAUUCAGCCAGUUGCUUUUCGUUUUCAUUCUUAUUUACUUAUUAUUAUUUUACCUCUUCUGUUCGAUUUAGUACAUUAUUUUGUUACUUAUGUUUGUAUUGUUUCCGUAUAGCCUAUACAAUAGACGAUUUAGCGUUUGCUUAUUAUGAUGAUGAUACGACAACGAAUGCUGAAUUAACGCCAACGACGGCUGCAAUUUUGUCUUUUCAAGAAAAAUUGACCAUUAUGUUCGCACAAAUCAAUAUGACAACAGUAUUGACAAAACAAGCUAUAGAAACACUAUUGUCAAAUGGACGAAGGAAAAGAGCAUCUGCAAAAGCACCGACGAAACAGUCUGCGACGCAAUGCGUGGUCGGUCCUGGCCAAAGGCGAAAACGUCGUGCCGUCACCACAUCGGAUAACAGUACGGAUUUGAAUUGUCAACAAUUGUGUUCAAACCAUAAUGUUCAAGAGAUAAUAAAAUUGCUUGACAACGCAAUCAAUUCUACACAAAGUAAUGUUCUUGAUGAAUAUCGGGUCGAUUGUGGCCUGGUUCCUCAAGGCGGAGCUCUCGUUAACAUGACAUUUACAAGUUACAGUCGCAAUAUUACUGUCACAAUGGGUAAUCGCGAGUUCAUCCGUCGGAUAGCUGGCGGCGGUUUUAUCUAA